AUGUCAGCGAUUGCAUCGAAUUCUCAACAUCCGCAGGAUGUUCCCGAGGAAGAAGAGAAGAUUUUGAACUAUCUGUUAGGGGUGAGAAGUCUAUUGGGGCAGUUGAAACAGAACAGGAGACAGUAUUUAAACUCUAAGGAGGUGCAGACGAUAUACCAACAGGUGUUGACCAAAGUUAGGGAGCUGGAUGAGAUAAGGAAAAAUAGUCACGACACGCCUUCGAAUAGUGCAACUACCCUAAUCCACAGCUCAGAGUUGCAUAAUCGUGUGGACUCUGUGCUUGAUGAUGUAUUCCAAUUGUUGUCGCUUUGCUUCCUCACUGUCGGAUUGAAAAAUUCGGCACCUGCCACUUAUGCGUCCCUGUCAACGGUUCAAAGGCUGCUCGAGCAUCUGAAUGAAUCCAAUGUGUUCACACAUCACGAUCUGAGGCCUAUAAAAGAGAGGCUGCUGGAGAUCUCGAAAAUCGUGGAGGACAGCUCGUACAAGAGCGAUAGCUUCGGUGAAAAUCUGGAGGUUAUAGACGAGAAGUUACCGGAGGCAGAGCGUGAGUUUUACGAAGAGAGAAACAAGAACAAGAUCGAGGAGGAUUUGCUGCUGCGCGCCAAGUUACAGCACUGUCUGGAUGAAUAUCAUAGUACAGAGUCUAAAGUGGAAGAGAUCGAUCCCCAUUUGACUAGUAUCAUGGAGAAGCUGUUUGAGAUAAGAAGAGGUCUACUGUCACUCGCCGCUUCAUCCAAGAAAUCAAAUCCUUCGCUUGAAAAGGAUAUGCAAACGGAAGGAAAAUAUCUGAUGUCACAGGAAUACGUUGAAGAGAAAGUCCGGGCGCUGGAAAAGGAAUUAACCGAGUUGGAGUCUCACCGUGACGAGAACGGCAAGUUUAAGUCGUUGGAAACAAACGAAGUGGAAGAGAAGGGACAGGGCGUGCUUAACGGUUUAUUGGACGAUUGUCAUGAUCUAAUUAAUGAUCUGUCGCACCAGAAGAACGGCGGAAUCGAGUUAGAUGCGAAAUUGCAACCAAUCUAUGAACAGCUCAUUGACAUUAAGACUAGUUUAGAGAACCUGCUUGUCACGAGAAGAUGGACUUUGCGAGAAACCGAUCUGUUUACUUUUCAGAAACAGCUGGGCGAGAUUGAUGGUCUGAGGGUCAACGGUAAGUUCCCUACAGCAUCCGGCGAUUCCAAGGGACAAUCGAUCCUUCUUUACCUGCUGCGCAGAUCUUACGCUAUCAUUUAUAAACUGCUAGAGAGUUCCGAACCUGUGUCAGAGUCCCUGCAGCCCAUUCACAAUCAGCUAUCUACCGUACGCCGUUGUCUUCUGGAGCUGAAGAGAAUGGGCGGUGUUAAUAAUGGUAGGGAGCUCUACCCGUAUCAGAUGAAACUCGCAUCAUUAGACAACCUGCGUGUGGACGGGAAAUUCUACGAUUCUGACGGCAACGUACCCGAGGGCCAAGGCACUCUGAAUGCACUCCUUGCCGAAUGCUUUGACAUCCUCCACGAGCUGAAGAUCGAAGCACAAGAACGUGCUGAAGCUGAAUCUGCUCAGCAAUCCGAAGCCGAGCAAGACGAUGCAAACGCUCGUGCAACUGAUAAUGAAAGCAGUCGAAACGACCAACCGAUAGCGAGAUAUCUGGACGCGCACAACCAAUACUCAAACGAAGACGAGGAUGACGAAGACGAGGAAAAUGACGAUGCCAGUGAGCGCAGCUACGUAGACGAAGAAGAUCUCGACACUGAAGCGUCCGCGCACAAUUUUCACUGA